AUGGUGCCAUUCGUCAAUCCGACGCCAAGCUCUGCGGAGGUCGAAGGCUCAGAGGAAGUGGUGAAGGUCGGCCCUUCUUUCGCCCGGGGCACAUUUGGCACUGUGCACCCGUGCAAGUUGAAUGGGGAGGAUGCAGUGGUGAAGCUGCCGCGAGUCCACGUGUUGCCUUUCCACGUCAACGGCGUGCUCCUCCUGGGCGAAGUGGACGAUGUGAAGCGAGUGCGUCGUCGCGAGGAAAUGCUGCAAGAGGAAGCGAAGGUCCUCCAGUUGCUGCGCGAUUGCCCGUGCGUUGUUCCUUGGCUCUGCAACAUCCGGGCAUGGGUCGAUGGUGUGCAGGUACGGGGCAUGGCCUUGCAGAAGAUGGACUGCUCCUUGCGACAGCUUUGGACGGACAGCACCCGCACUCAGCUGAACGUCAAUCAGAAUCGUUGCCGCAGCGUCCGAUUGGCAGGCAUCCUCGGGUCAGCGGUUAACAUUUUCUUCGCAUUGGGCAGGAUGCACGAGAGCGGGUUCUGUCACAUGGACAUCACGCCGGAGAACUUGCUGUGGAGCGAAGCUAACUGCCAGUUGUACCUUGCGGACUUCGGCUCAGCUGCACGACGGCCAGGAUUCACAUGGCGGGAAUUGCAGGAUCUGCCCGAAAGAGCCAACAUCCGUCAGAGCUAUGCUUUGGCUUUCAGAGGGGUGUGGGAAGUGCUGCCAGAGCUGCACGGUCAAUUCCAGACACUCCUCGAGAAUAUCCAGACACGCGGCCAGGAGACCGCCAGCGACAUGAAAGUCGAGCUGCCCCUUGCCGACCCCCGGCUGGACUACUUCGCACUCGCGGUCAUUCUGCGCUACCUGCUUGGAUUUCAAGAGGAUGACACCGGAAUUAAUCAUCUCAGGCCGACUGGCGUAGUAAGAUCCAUUCCACAUUCCUUCCGUCCACGGAGACAAGAGAGGCCAUGGGGCCAGGCAGAUCGCACGUGGCCAUCACUUUUGGAGGCGGCUCUCCAGCUGCGGGCCUUGGAGGCGGCUCUCCAGCUGCGGGCCUUGGAGGCGGCGGAGCACGAGCUCAAGGAGAAGGGAGAUUCCUUCUUGGAUGAUGCCCUGAGGACUUGCCUGCAAGAUUUAGCAGAGAGUCACGAGAGGCUCAUGAGGCUUCAGGAGCUCGACCUCUGGCGGGGGAGGCUUAGCCCGGGACCCAGCGGACCUCUCGUUUUCUGGCAGAGAGAUUCCUCCGGCACGCCCGUCAGAAUCAUGUCCUUCGACCUUGGGAAGCUGGGAGAGAAGCCGGAGCGCUUGGUUCACGAGGCGAAGAAGGAGCUCGCUGAGUGCUUGGGCUGUUGUCCUCCCCAAAUCAAGCUGUGGGCUUUGCUGCGGCCCCGCUACGAGAAUUUGGAGGAGGAGGUCCUACCAGGUAUGAGCUCCGAGCAGCUGGAUUCGCCCCUCCUGCGCGUGGAGGUGAUGCCGGUCAAGCAACUCCAGAAUAACUUCGAGUUCUCUCAGCAAUGGAGGCAAGCCAGCUACCAUGAGGUUUGGUAUUGGCUGAACAGCCGCCACGUGCACCCCGAGAAUGUCGUUCUGAAGGUCCUCAUCGACGCAGGGCCCGGGCCAAGCCGUGCGAUGAUGGAGAACCGCAAUCCCAGGCCCAAGCAUCAAUUUAGAUCGCGGCUCCCUGCUCACAUUUUAUCUGUACAGACGGCUGCGUGUCAAAAUGACAUGUCGGUCAACGUAGUGCUUCACCGCCGCACUUCGGAGCAUGAGGAAGGAUUCUUCAGCGUUUGA